UGGGAGGAAGGGUUAUUAGAAGCCCAUUUGUUUUCAUGGGCACAGACCCAGAGAAAAGGGGGUCUGAAAAAUGGAAAUCUUCAUUUUUUAUUCAUAUUAUAACCUAGGCAUCUUCUUCCGUCAUACUUGGUAUGGUCUGAAUGUUUGUAUGUCCUCAAAUGUUGAAAUCUUACCCUGGAAGGUGAAAGUAUUAGGAAGUGGGGCUUUUGGGGAGGUGAUUAGGUUAUGAGGGUAGAGCCCUCAUGAAUGGGAUCAGUAUCCUAGAAAAUUAGGCCCAAGGGAGCUCAUUUCUCCCUUCCACCACAAGUGAGGAUGCAGUGAGGUGGUAUAUCUACAAACCAAGAAGAGGGCCCUUAACCAGUUUCCAAAUCUGUUUAUUCCUUGGCCUUGAACUUCCUGGCCUCCAGAACUGUGAGAAGUAAAUUUGUUAUGUUUAGAAGCUGCCUGGUAUUAGGUAUUUUGUUAUAGUAUCUCAAAUGAACAAAGACAAUAUACUAAAAUUCUUUUAGUUUUUACAAAAUACAGAGAGAGCUAGGUUUUCUUUUCUCAUUAUGACCACAAAAAUUGGUUUGUUAGGAAAACAAAAUUAAGUAGAAAAAGAAACUCCCAAAACAAAAACAAAACUCAUCAUCUCAGAAUUCUAGUCAGUUGGAGCUGGGGUUGUGGCUUAGUGGUCGAGUACUUGCCUAGCACAUGCAAGAUUCUGGGUUCGCUCUUCAGUAUCACAUAAAAAUAAAUAAAUAAAAUAAAGAGAUCGUCCUUUCCCGGCUCAGGCCUUAGUCAUGCGACAUGGCUAAACGCAUCAAGAAAGUCAGAAUCGUGGGUAAAUAUGGGACCCAUUAUGGUGCCUCUCUCCAGAAAAUGGUGAGGAAAAUUGAAAUCAGCCAGCACACCAAGUACACUUGUUCAUUCUGUAGCAAAACCAAGAUGAAGAGACAGGCUGUGGGGAUCGGGCACUGUGGUUUCUGCAUGAAAACAGUGGUUGGUGGUGCCUGCACCUACAACACCACAUCUGCCAUCAAGGUCAGGUCUGCAAUCAGAAGGCUGAAGGAAUUGAAAGACCAGUAGAAAGUUCUAAUAUAUAACAAAAUUGUGGUUUGUUGUUAAUUGUAUUAACUGGAUAUUCUGAUGUGAAUUGCAUUAAUAUUACCCUUUUAAAAGAUAUUUGUAAACUGAAGCCCUUCUAAUUUGAAUUGGAAAAUUUUGCUGAGAUGGGUUAUUGUAAUUCAGAGGGUUUUUUUUUCCCCCAGUAGUUAGAUGAUAAUGGCAUGAAACUCAGUCUUAGGUAUUAUGCUUACCUUUUUUUUUUUUAAAGAAAAAAACCAAUGUUCAACUUCUUAGUUGAGCAUAUUGUGCAAAAUUUGUUUUAAAGGUAAAAUAUGCUAAAAUACACAAAGGAUAUACAUAAAACAAAGAUUGUGUCCAACUACAACUAAAAAAUAAAAUAUUGAAAAAUAAAUUAAAAAAGAAUUCUAGUCAAUUAAAAGCAUAUAUUCUAAUAAGCAUUCCACCUUUAGAAGUGGACAAAGCAGGCUUAAAUUACAUGCACUUAUAAAUGUUCUUGAUGUUUUUGGAACUACCAUUUAUCAAUUUGUUAUUUUGGUAUUACCUUUAAGAAGUCAUCAAAAUUUCAAAAAAUACUGUGUUACAUUAAGAUUAUGGUAUGCUGGACUCAGAGGCACACACCUGUAAUCCCAGUGGCUUGGGAGGCUGAGGCAGGAGGGUCGUGAGUUCAAAGCCAGCCUCAGCAUAAGUGAGGUGUUAAGCAACUCAGUGAGAACCCUAUCUCUAAAUGAAAUACAAAAUAGAGGUGGGGAUGUGGCUCAGUGGUCAAGUGCCCCUGAGUUCAAUCCCCUGUACCACCACCCCCCCCAAAAAAGAUUAUGGUACAGUUCUCAGAAAAGGUCCAUUUACAUAAGUAGUUAAGGGAAAUAAAUCCUAAUGAAUUCAUAUCUCAUUUUAGUUAUUUUAAAAUACAUGAAACUCAGUGUUCAUUUUUCAAAAAUAGUUUGUGCAUAACUUCUUAAUUUAAUAAGAUCUUGAAUGCUUGCUUUUAUUAAGUCAUUUUUUACUAAAUAUACCUUUUUUCUCACUUUCUGAUCUGUUAAUUCUAUUUUUAUAUUAUUUUUAUUUUAACUUUUUAUUUCUCAAAGAAUCAUUGUUUUGAGGAGUCAUCUUAGGGCUAGGGUUGUGGUUCAGAUAUUUUGCUUUUGGAUUAUGUAACAGCAUGAAUAAUUUUGUCAUGUAUUGGGGUUUGGAUUGCUGUGUGAAGAUCUGUGUAAUUCAACACAAUAAAAAAAGAAUCCCCACCUC